UAUUGGUAGAAGAAUUAAUCCCUAAAAAGACUGAAGUGAGUUUGAACAUGGUGAAAGAGGAGCCCUUGAAUACCUCAAAGGACUUGCAGGAGCUGCAGAGGAAGCUGUCUUUGCUAAUAGAGUCCCUCCAGAGUAAGGUUUGGAGCAGGACCUGAGUUUCUGCAUUGCUUACCAGCUCCCUGGUGAAGCCUUCCAUGGACCAUGACUGAAGGAGCAAGCUUUUUUCAUCAUAGGUAGGAAAAGUUAACCAUGAUGCUUGUCCCAGAUCCCUGCCCUAUGUCAAUAUGAUCAUGAGCAAUGUCCUCCAGUUUUAUCCACAAAUAAAUGGAGCCUCAGAUGGAUGGACUAACUUGCCCUAGGUCGUAUGGACUCCAAGUCUUCUAGCUUCAAGUUCAACUCUCUUUCUCAAUCUCAUCUUGAAGGGAUGGGCUUUGCAGGAAGGCUGCUCCACUGACAACCUGCUUUGUCUAGAGAGUGAUAUCUGGUCAAGCUUUGGUGAGCAGAAAAAAAUGUCCACUCGCUACCACCAAGCUGCUAGUGAUAGCUACCUGGAACUUCUGAAAGAGGCUACCAAGAGGGAUCUGAAUCUUUCUGAUGAAGAUGGCAUGACUCCCACACUCCUGGCUGCCUACCAUGGGAAUUUGGAAGCUCUAGAAAUAAUCUGCAGUAGAGGAGGGGACCCUGAUAGAUGUGACAUCUGGGGAAAUACUCCUCUACAUUAUGCAGCCUCCAAUGGUUAUGCCCACUGUGUCUCAUUCUUGAUCAACUUUGGUGCCAACAUCUUUGCCCUGGACAAUGACUUACAGUCUCCACUGGAUGCUGCUGCCAGCAGAGAGCGGAGUGAAUGUGUUGCUCUCCUGGAUCAGGCUGCCACUGCCCAGAACAUCAUGAACCCCAAGAAGGUCACCAGGCUAAAGGAGCAAGCUCAGAAGAAUGCUAGGAGGCAAAUCAAAGAGUGUGAGAGGCUUCAGGAGAAGCACCAAAAUAAGAUGGCUCGCACCUACAGCAAGGAGGAAUCUGGGAUGCUUUCUUCUUCCAAUGCCACUUUCUCUAGGUCUUCCAUCUCAAAUGCUUCUACUUCCAGCACAUUUGGAUCACUGUCUAAGGGCAUUAAAGAUACUUUCAAGUUAAGGUUCAAGAAGAACAAUGAUACAGCAGAGCAGGGAGGGAGGGAAAGCAGAAAUGGGCAGAGGAAUGUGAUGGAAGUGUUCAGAGAGGAGGAAGAAGAAGACACAUUUUCAGGGGACUUCAAAGAGCAGCUGCAGUUCUCAACAGAAAAAGACAGCUAUGCACAAAAUGAAUCCAUUCUCAACCGUCCAGGUCUGGGAAAUAUUGUUUUUAGAAGGAACAGAAUAUUAAGCCCCGAAGAAAUCUCAGACCGCAAAAGGGAGUUAGGGUUUAAAAUGUCCAGUGAAUUGCUUCAGAGACAAGGAGCAGCAGAGGGUGAUGAGGCCAAGGCUGAUAAAGAGGGAGAGGAAAACAACCAUGAAGAUGAUCUGCCUUGGGAUGAGCACGAAGUGGAUUGGGAAGAAGAUAUAGUUGAUGCUACUCCCCUAGAAGUAUUCUUGCAUUCUCACCACCUGGACGAAUUCCUUCCCAUUUUCAUGAGAGAGCAGAUUGAUCUGGAAGCUCUGUUGCUUUGCUCUGAUGAGGACCUUCGGGGCAUACAAAUGCAGCUGGGUCCUAGGAAGAAAGUUCUGAAUGCCAUAAACAGACGGAAGGAGGUGCUACAACAGCCUGGGCAAUUGGUUGACACCAGCCUGUGAUGGAGGGUUGGGUCCAUGGGGUUAGCCUGCAGCAGUGGGGUGAUGCUGUGGCCCUCUGGAAGCACUCCAGGCAACCCCUCCCCAUGCAAUACAAGAGCAAUGGGGAUGGUGUCUAGGGUAUUAGAGAUAAGCGCACACUCUACUCUGAGAAAUACUCUAUACCUGUUCAAAUAAACUAACAGUGAGAAACUCAGGGAGACCCAGGAAUAAGAAAAUAGUGUUUCUCUUCAAUUUUCUUUUUGAUAUUUUGAGUAUAGAAAAGGUUCAACGGAUGACAGAGAAGGGAAAAAUCGUUCUUUACUUUUCCAUCUCUGGGCUUAAAAUGAUAGCCUCUCAUCACACAGCCUGCUUCUUACUUUUUGAUUCUUAUAACUUGGGGGUUCUAACUCAAAUACUGUCCUUAGCUCUAAGACUUUGUCUAUUGGUGGAGACUAAAUUUCCUCCAUUGGCCUGGAGCUUGAUGCCCAACUUACAUGUGUCUAACCCUUCAACAAAUGUUCGCAUUUACAAGUAAUGAAAAUGGGUCUGCAUUACUCUUGCGUGGGAACAGAGACAGAAUGGCAGGUAGGGAGUGAGAAGAAAGAAAUAGAAUAUAGGGUACCUGCUAUGAACUGAAUUGUAUCCCCCCCCCCAAAUUCAUAUGUUGAAGCCCUAAACCCCAAUGUGGCUGUAUUUGGAGGUCGGACCUUUAAAGAGGUGAUUAAGGUUUAAUGAAGUCAUAAGGGUGGGGACCUAAUCCCAUAUGACUGGCAUCCUUAUAAGAGGAAGGGACACAUGAAGACACCACAAGAAGGAGGCCGUAUGCAAGCCAAGGAGGAAGGCCUCAGGAGAACCCAAAUCUUCCAACAGUUAAUCUUGGAACUCCAGCCUUCAGAGCUGUGGGAAAAUAAAUUCCUGUUGUUCAAGGUGCCUGGUCUGUGCUGUUUUAUUAUGUCAGUCCUAGCUGACUACUGCCAUGCUUAAGAGGGUGAGGGAGGAGAGAAAGAAGGAUACAGGAAAAUGUCUGGCCUAUUUGAUGAUUUUUCUAAGGGUAAGUGCCUCCUGAAACUUAAAAAAGGGGAGGGGGCGAGAAAUCUAGGUUGUUUGUAGGGAAAUGUUGAUUGUAAAUUUUACAUUUCCAUGCUCAUUAUUUACAUAUCAUUUAUUGGCUGUUGUCUAUCACUAUUGCUGCAUGUCUGAAUACAUGUAAGUUCUACAAUAUAAAUUGGCAACAUUGCUGACAUUUUUGAAUGGCAAUCCCAAAUUCAAACUAAACCCUAUGGAAUAGCUAGACUUCAUUGGACUUUUAUAGCCAGAUUUACAUCAAAUAGAAUUUACCAUAGAUAAUAUGUAUAAUAUAGAAAUAGCAAUUUAUCUUCAGCAUGCUUCCUGAUUCACGUCUGUUUGGAUUACUUCAAGAGAUGCCAUGAGGAAAUAAGCUUAAGGAAGACAAAGACGCUCAAAUCUGAUGAGCAAUUGGCUCAUUCUUCUUCAAUGGAUGAAUUCAGAUAUGUUGUCAGUCAUGAAAUAAAUAUGUUGCACCAGGGGAUGAUUAUGUUUACAAAUACUGCAUUUUGUUAGUCUGGAAAUGAGCUGAGGUUGUAUUUGCUUUAAAAACUGUGCCUGAAAGCAGCUGGCACACACAAAGCACUCAAAAAAGGUUUGUAGUGUCUGAGCCUGCCUGUAUUAGUACUUGAUUAUUUUAGAUGGCAGGAUUCCCUCGCCACAUAUUACCCAGAAUCUGCCUAAUAUCCUCAUUCCUAGGAUGUAACCACCAGGGAAGUGCUGCUGUUUACAAAGCUUUGUUUUCUAGUAGUGCUUUGUACAUCACCAUUAGAGGUAAAAGUGAUAUAGAAAGCCUGGUGCUGUAUUCUAGCAAAUGGGAGGCAGCAUGAGAUGGUACAAAGAACUUUGGAGCUGGAAGCCAGCGUUGCCCCUUGGAGGAUAGAAUAGAGUGUUAUGGAAAUGGAAAGGUGCUCUCCAGGAGAAUAAGAAAAGGCAGGCCAGUGGAGAUGUUACCAGAAUUCAGCAUUAUAGGAUUUAAUUCUAACUGCUCCCUGGGAGUUGGUCAUUUCUAAUGGCAAUUUUCCAUGCUGCCCUAAGGGGAUGUUAGCAGUUGGCUCCAAAAGUAUGGAAAGAAAAGGUUAUAUGUUUGCCCAGAGAACUGGAAGCUCUUACCUUGACCAUCCCCUUGGCUUUUACGUCAACUCUGUGAUGAGAUAAAUGGAUAUGGAUUUGAAGGACACGUGGAUUAUAAAAACCUCCCACAGAAAUUCCAUCAAAUAGCUGGACUGAAAAGAAGAGAGUGAACAAUCCGUUUAUAUCAUCACAAUGAACAGUGUAAACCCCUGUGAGACUAGAAUGGUUGUCAGAAGUUAUAUUUUUUCCAACAGCUGCUUUUUAUUUUAAGAUAAUCCAGCUUGUAUGUGCCACAGGCUCAUCUAUCAUUCCUGGAAUGUCUGCUCUUGUUCCAUUUGAAGGGUAAAUACUAUCUCUGCGAUUAUCACAAAGACUGACUUAAAGUGUAUGGAUGAAACAGUCA